AUGGCGUUCCUCUUCGGCUCAAGAGGUCGACAGAAACACCCCGCUGAGAUCGCAAAGGGUUUAAAAGAGUUACUCGGCAAGUUGGGCGAAGGGUCGAAAGGAGGCAACGGGAAUGGCAACGGUGCCAGUGGAAAGGUUGAAGAAGAAGUCGGCAAACACAUGAACCAGAUGAAGUUGAUUGUUCAGGGAACUCCUGAAGUCGAAUGUUCCCCUGAUCAAGUGCACCAAUUGGUAACCUGCAUCAUUCAAGAAGACAUCCUAUACGAACUUGCCCGCUCAAUUCGAUUGCUCCCGUUCGAAGCCCGCAAGGACGCCCAGAUCAUAUUUUCGCAUAUCUUGCGAUGGCGACCGAACGGGGCGCCGCCGACCACGGAGCCGUCAGCAAUAUCAUACCUCGUCGUACAGCGGCCUGAGAUCAUCGUGGAGUUGUGCCGAGGGUACGAACAUCCCCAAGCUGCAAUGGCAUGUGGUACGAUAUUGCGACAAGCCUUGCAAUACGACACGAUCGCCGCGGUCAUUCUCUACGACGAGUCGCAGCCGAAUGUGGAGGGGGAAAGGGCAGUACAGCUCAAAGAGGUCGAUGUCACGAAAAAGCAGUCUGGCAAUGGUGUAUUUUGGAAGUUCUUUGGUUGGAUAAACAGAGGAAGUUUCGAAGUCAGUGCCGAUGCGUUUACGACGUUCAGGGAGCUCUUGACGAAGCACAAAUCCAUCGUCUCUCAAUAUCUGGCUACGAAUUACGACCUCUUUUUCAAAACACACUACAACCCUACCCUCCUGCUCUCCCAGUCAUAUGUCACCAAACGCCAAUCGAUAAAACUGCUGGGCGAGCUGCUUCUUGAUCGCGCGAACUAUGUCAUCAUGACGCAGUACGUUGCAAGUGGCGACAACCUCAAACUCACCAUGAACCUGCUCAAGGACGAUCGCAAGAUGGUCCAGUACGAGGCGUUCCACGUGUUCAAGGUCUUCGUGGCCAAUCCCAACAAGAGCGACGACGUGCGGAGAAUUCUAGUGAAGAACCGGGGGAGGUUGUUGAGGUUCUUGCCUACUUUUCUGGAAGGCCGUACAGACGACGACCAGUUUCUGGAUGAGAAGAGUUUCCUCCUGAGACAGAUUGAGACGUUGCCGGAAGAAGGAACAGAUCAACCUGCGGUGAACGGGGGUGAUGGGAGCGGAUUAAGGGUAGGAGCUUAG